AUUGUGGGUGCAGGGAGAAACAGCAGAAGCCACCGGCGAGCAAGCAGCCCGGUGGGAGACUGGAACGGGCUCCGGGACAGGGUCCCCCCCACCCGCGUGCCGGCGGCUGCGCCCGCGCCUGCCCUUGUUUGGCCGCGCGGCCUCGGGGGCGGUGCCGUCCGCGUCAGCGGCGCCCGCGGUGACGGCGACGUGCGGCCCGCGCCACUGCUGCCCGCGGACGCCGCGGACCCCCGGAGCUCAUGGCCCAGGCGAAGAUCAGCGCCAAGGCCCACGAGGGUCGCUUCUGUCGCUCCUCGUCCAUGGCCGAUCGCUCCAGCCGCCUGCUGGAGAGCCUGGACCAGCUGGAGCUCAGGGUUGAAGCUUUGAGAGACGCGGCUACUGCUGUUGAGCAAGAGAAAGAAAUUCUUCUGGAAAUGAUCCACAGCAUCCAGAACAGCCAGGACAUGAGGCAGAUUAGUGAUGGAGAAAGAGAGGAGCUGAACCUGACUGCAAACCGCCUGAUGGGACGGACCCUCACUGUCGAGGUCUCAGUGGAGACAAUUCGGAACCCCCAGCAGGAGGAAUCCUUGAAGCAUGCCACGAAGAUUAUAGAUGAGGUGGUCAGUAAGUUCCUGGAUGACCUGGGAAACGCCAAGAGUCACUUAAUGUCACUCUAUAGUGCCUGCUCAUCUGAGGUGCCACCUGGUCCCGUUGACCAAAAAUUUCAAUCGAUUGUAAUCGGUUGCGCCCUUGAAGAUCAGAAGAAAAUUAAGCGGCGUCUGGAGACUCUGCUGAGGAACAUUGACAACUCAGACAAGGCCAUUAAACUGUUAGAGCACUCGAAAGGAGCCGGUCCCAAGACUCUGCAAAACGCCGAUGGCAAAGUUAAUUAGUCUACAAGCCCACAGGCCCUUUACCAAGGCUGUAAAAAAGGAAAAAAAACCACUAUUUUAAAUAACUAGUUCUUUACGUUAGGCAUAACCACUUAUACCUCAUACUGAUGAUUGUUUCAGAUGAGGGAGUAGCCCAGUGUCAAUAGACACACAAAUAACCCUUAAAACUAGACAUAUUUCAGUCUCUGACUCAGAAGUUUUGGACAGAAUUCCUGUCUUGAACUGGACUUUAGGGCUGUAUAUUUUAUUUCUGAAGAUGCACACAUAGUACUUGGGAAAAUAAAUAAAAGGGAAACGCAUCA